AUGCUGGCUGAAUCUAGGUAUGAUCGUUUUCGUAACGACUCUGUAACUUCAGCAGAGGAGCAGCCACCAUUGGCAUCUAGAGCCAUGAGCGGACAGGUGGCUCCUGGUUCUCCUUCAACGGCACCCUCUUUGGGUCAGCCAUUCUCUGAUCCACAGGGCCCAGAGGAGCAGGAUGUGGCCACAACCUUCUGUAUGAUGAUACCCAGAAUGGGACAGUGGAAAUUCACCAGCCCAGCUGCAUUCCUCAGCAGAUCACCCUCUGGAACAAGCAAGGAUUUGACCUUGGACAAGACUGGAGGUGCUGGAGGAGGAUUGGGGUCUGUGUUUGGUGCUUGUGACCCUGUAUGCUCUACACCUUGCACUUUGCAGGUGAUAAACCGAUUGCGAGGGGGUGGUGGUGGAGGAGGGGGUGUUAGAAAGGCUGCAAGGACUGAAGCAAAUAAACUUCCAGCUGAGGAGUGGAACCGUAAAGGUACCUUCAUCAGUAAACCAGCUCAAGGGUGGCUGCAUCCUGAUGAUCGUCUGCAAGGUCCUGGGGUCUCCUAUAUUGUCAGGUACAUGGGGUGCAUUGAAGUUCAACGGUCCAUGAGGUCCCUGGAUUUUAAUACACGGACUCAAGUAACAAGAGAAGCCAUCAACAGGCUGUACGAGUCUGUACCUGGGGUGCGAGGAACCUGGAAGAAGAAGGCACCAAAUAAAUCUCUUGCAUCUAUUUUGGGCCGUAGUAACCUUCACUUUGCUGGGAUAAGCAUUGCUGUAAAUAUAUCCAUAGAAGGACUGAACCUGAGUAUCCCAACAAGUCGGCAGGUUAUAGCCAAUCAUCACAUGCAGGCCAUCUCCUUUGCCUCAGGAGGGGACACGGACACCAUUGAUUAUGUGGCGUAUGUGGCCAAGGACCCCAUAAAUCAGAGAGCCUGUCAUAUUCUGGAGUGUUGUGAGGGACUGGCCCAAAGUGUGAUCAGCACUAUAGGACAAGCAUUUGAGUUGAGGUUCAAACAGUUCCUGCACAGCCCCCCCAAACUGGCAGCUCCCACUGACAGGGUGGUGCUGGGAGAUGAAACAUGGGGGGGAGAGGACGAGCACAGCUCAGAACACAACUACUAUAACAGUAUCCCUGGAAAAGAGCCCCCAGUCGGAGGGGUGAAGGACUGUCGCUUGAGGGAAGGGGGAGCCAUUGGACAGUCAGCUUCACAGACAACUGCCAAUGGGCCAGGGCCUCAGGUGGGGUCUCCAGCCAGAAGACCUCCAGUGUCACAUUCUGGGUCUCAGUGGAGCUUGAGGUGCAGGGUAAGUAAAACACAUUAAGACCCUCCUCUGACCAAUGAUCGGGCUGUAGGAGUCAGAGACUAUGAAGAGCAUAUGUAUGUAAAACACACAGAACCUGGAUAACUGGAGCAACGACAGGGAAAGCAUUAUAUGAAUCCUGAGGACAGUCCCAAGAAGGAUCUGUUUGAUAUGAGACCAUUUGAAGAUGCCCUGAAGCUCCAUGAAUCAACCCUAUCUGGGUCCCAAAGGCUAGAUGAUGAGUGGCCAAGUCCCUCCACCAGGAAAGCUCCUGUGGCUCCAACAGAGGAGCAGUUGAAAGGAGAGCCAUGGUACCAGGGGAAGAUGAGCAGAAGAGAGGCAGAAAAGUUGCUGCAAAGGGAUGGAGAUUUUCUAGUGAGAGACAGCAUCACCAAUCCAGGGCAAUAUGUCCUAACUGGCAUGCACAAGGGGCAGCCCAAGCACUUACUGCUGGUUGAGCCAGAAGGAGUGGUGCGAACUAAGGAUGUGCUAUUUGAAAGUAUAAGCCAUUUAAUUGCCUACCACUUGCACAACCAGCAGCCAAUUGUAGCGGCAGAAAGUGAACUGCACCUGAGGCAGGUGGUGCCAAGAAGAGUGUCAUCAUUAUAG